CAGCACUCACGCGAACAGAACGUUUGAUGAGAAUAAUAAUAAUGGCGGCUUUGAGUGGCACCUCGCGACUUGGCAAGCGGCACUAGGAAGUGAAAAUACCGUAAUUUCUACCCUUUCCACCUACCUGGCCAUUAUCGCAGGUAAACCGUUCGUGAAUUAUAACUGCCCGGUCGGUUGGCAGAGUGUUCUCCAUGCCAGCGAGUUGCUUUUCGGUACGCAUUCGCGUGUAAAAAUGAUUGCUCAUGACAGAUCCGAAAUCGGGCAUCGAUUGUAGUUCGGGACUUUUUGUGCGAUAAUCGCUGAAUCGGAAGUUGUGUAGCCUGCCAAAGAAAGACGGUAAAACACUGCCUUCGAGCUAGGACUGCAUGGUUAAUGGUGGAAAGUGCUUCCGACAUCGUGUCUGGGUGUACAAUGUGAAGCGAAAAAGAGUGUUUGUCGUGCAGUGCAAAGCGUUGCGAAGUACGAAGAAUUGUUUCCGUUUCAGUUCGCCGUUUUCCCUGUCGUGCUUUUGUUUCCAAGUGAGCUGUUUCGUUUUCAUUUCCAUACAACUAGAAUUCCGUGCAUUUGGGCCGUUUGUUUUCAUUCGCUUCCCAUCUCGUUCCCUCGCCAUUGUUCAGAAGUGUUUCGGUUAGUGCUUCCUCUGGUGUGUUUGUGUGUGUGUGUGUACGCGUGUGUGUGCCUGUACGGUUGUUGCAUUUUCCAAACGGACUCGGUGGCCUGUUGGUUCAUAAACGCCCCUUCGCGUACGCAUUCGAUGUGUACACCAGCCGAUCCACCGACUGCUACGGGAACGCCGCCAACCCAUGUACAGUGAAACUGCGUGCAUGACCCCGAAUUUUCUUUCACCCUCAUACACCCCUAGCCGGAACUGUCACUGGGGUGUGUGUUCGUACUGGCUGCAUGCUGGCGAAAGAGCUGACUUUUCGUUUUACGAUCGACGUGGUGUUUGAAGUAAGCAACCAACCUACACGCAUGUGCCGACCUCAUUCAGCUGCGAAUGUACCAAUUCUUAACGAUUGACGUAUGGUUGCUGUUAACGUCCCUGGACGGAUGCCGGAAAUCUGCUGAAUCGGUACCGGAGGCGAUGGUAAUGCUUUGUUAAGUAAACAUUGCAAUCUAUGGAAUGUGAAGAACAAGUUGCCGAACAGCGAUUGAGGAGUGUUCUGCAAGCAGAUAAUCGUUUCCAAAGGAAUUGUAGCAAAGUUUGAGAAAAGUACCGGCGGAUACGUGUAUGUUCGUCAUUAGCUUCUAUUUGGAGAGGAAUUAGUUGGUGUUUUACGUUUUACGAUUAUUUUGCAUAAGAAAAAUAUUUUUCACGGAACUGGUCUCAUGAAGACGAUUUUUUCUAUACAUCUCGUCUAGUGUACGCGUUGUAAAACAAUAGUGUGAUGGUGAUACAACCGUAAGGACGAAACUGCCAAGACGAGAAUCUGCACCAAACAAACAAGAAAGGUAAUUUGCUGCUGUGGAGGUACUUACUGUGGAGGUUUUGAUAUUUGUGGCUUAACGAGUGCAUCAAUAAGCCCGACCAAAAAUGUGGAACUCGGAACGUUCCCAGCCGAACGGUGGUGGUUCCGGUUCCGCCACCAAAACACUCGGCAUGACGUCAGCGAUUAGCACGGCUGAACCGAAACCGGAAGACUUACAAAAGACAAAGGAGCUGGAAAAAAGUUUAGAACCAUUCAAUGUAUUUGAGGCAGAGGAGGAACUUAAUCACCGGAUGGAAAUAUUGGCCAAGUUGAACACACUUGUCAAACAGUGGGUUCGCGAUGUGUCGAUCGCAAAGAACAUGCCUGAGGCGAUGGCCGAAAAGUUGGGCGGUAAAAUAUACACGUUCGGUUCAUAUCGUCUCGGAGUGCAUCACAAGGGAGCUGAUAUUGAUGCACUGUGCGUAGCACCUCGCAAUAUAGAGCGAUCCGAUUAUUUCGGUUCAUUUUUUGAGCUGCUGAAGCAACAACCCGAAGUCACCGAGUGCAGAGCUGUUGAGGAAGCGUUCGUACCUGUUAUCAAGAUGAACUUUGAUGGCAUUGAGAUUGAUCUGCUGUUCGCACGGUUAGCGCUGAAGGAAAUUCCGGACAAUUUUGAUCUACGUGACGAUAUGUUGCUGAAGAACCUUGACCAAAAGUCAGUGCGCAGUCUGAACGGAUGCCGGGUGACGGAUGAAAUUCUACGGCUCGUGCCAAAUAUCGACAAUUUUCGAUUAGCACUGCGGACGAUUAAGCUUUGGGCUAAGCGACACGGCAUCUAUUCUAACUCACUUGGUUAUUUCGGCGGCGUGUCUUGGGCAAUGUUGGUUGCCCGAACCUGUCAGCUCUACCCAAACGCAGUGGCGGCGACACUGGUGCAUAAAUUUUUCCUUGUAUUUUCGCGCUGGAAGUGGCCCCAACCAGUUCUGCUCAAACAACCGGACAACGUCAAUCUUGGCUUUAUGGUUUGGGAUCCACGAGUAAAUAUGCAGGACCGGUUUCACUUGAUGCCAAUCAUUACGCCAGCGUAUCCACAGCAAAAUUCAACAUUCAACGUAUCAAGCUCGACGCGCAAGGUGAUGCUGAUGGAGUUCAACCGUGGCAUGCAAAUAACGGACGACAUUAUGAUGGGCAAGCAGAUGUGGGAAAAGUUAUUCGAGGCGCCGAGUUUCUUCUACCGGUAUCGUCAUUUUAUCGUGUUGCUAGUCACCUCUAGCAAUGCUGAUGAUCAUCUAGAAUGGUGCGGUCUGGUGGAAUCAAAGAUACGCUAUUUGAUACAAAACCUAGAGCGUAAUCAACACAUCAAUCUGGCACAUGUUAAUCCGAAGUGUUACGAACAGCAUGAACAAAACCCGGCCGCCACACUGAACGGUGCGGACGGUAAACCGAACCCCUUCUGUUCGCUCUGGUUUAUCGGCCUGGAGUUUGAACGUUCCGAAAACCUGAACGUUGAUCUUACUGAAAGCAUACAAAAUUUCACGGAUUCCGUACACAAGCAUGCGGUACACAUUAAGCUGCUAAAGGAUGGUAUGAAAAUCGAAGCCAGACAUGUGCGACGGAAGCAGCUGACCCAGUACCUUGACCCGAAUCUGUUGAAGCGUGAGCGUAAGAUAUCGGACAGCUACACACAGUCAUGCAGUGCGGGCGGUGGAAAUUCCAACGGAUCGGCUUCGCCAGCCGAUGCUUCACGUAAACGAAAAUCAAGCGAUCUUGCUACUGCCUCCAUAAGCAGCCCUAUUGCCGCUUCUUCUGUGGGCAGUAAUGGAAGUGCUAGUAAAAAGCGACGUAACGAUUCCUUCGACGGUACCUCGAACGGCAGUUUCUGCAGCACAUCGUCAACGACGGUCGUGCAAACUGGCGACACGCAAAACACGGAAGCGACCGAUGCGAAUGCAACCAUCACUGUUGAUUCUAAUGCUGCCACCUGCCAGAGCACCGUUACACCGUCCGCCACUUCCACCAUUUCUCCCGCUGCUUCAGCGAACGGUGGAAGGGAUGAAAGUAUCGUUCCUUCAGCGUCCUCCGAUGAGCCACCGACCAGUGCCGGGAUGCUCGAUGAGGAGAACGCAUUCGAACCGUCAACCACUGCAACCAGCACGAAUGGCAGUAGCAGCAACGGUAACAACGCUAAUGAUAGUACUAGUGGUAACAAUUCGAAUACAGCACCGGCAGCUACAACAUCGACGGAGGUUGCCUGCUCUUGACUGACUCAUCGCCAAGCGAUGUACCACGGUGGAGAACCAUCUUCGGAUGAGCGGUCUCCGAUGAAUGACGGUGAUGGUGAUGUUAGUAAUAAUGAUCGGGUAGAAAGAAGCGUCGCUGCUGUAUCAGCUACGGCUGUUGCUGCUGCCGUUGCUUAAGCCCGCCACAGUGAGAAAACAAGAUGAAGGUGACGGUGGUGAACUGAAACCUGAAGACGACGCUAUGAUGAAGGUAAUUGUUAAACAAGACAAAAAAAACAUAAAACGGUCCAUGUGGUGCGCAUCAAUAACGGCAAAAUGACUGAUAUAAACGGUAGGAGGUUGAAUGGUGACAUUCUGUUGGAUAUAGCACCGAGGUAAAUUAAAUCUAAUGUAUAUAUCGAGACACGAAGAAGGAAAGGAUUUAUGGAUACGGCGUGUAGAAUGGACAUUUCUAUCGAAUAUGACCGGACGUUACUUGGCGUUACUUGGUGGAGGAAAAGCGCAUGUAUCGUUUCUUGCAGUAUAGAUGUACUUUAUUAAGGUAAGAUAGAUACAUUUCACCAUACCCGCUUGCAUCCGGCUGAAGGAUGCAAGGCAAGCAAUGCAGCAACCGAACUAACGGCAUUGCUAAAAUAAGUACUGGCAAACUAUCUGCCCCAUGGUAGAAUGGUAGAAGGAUACGUGUAUUUUACUUUCUCCCAUUCUUUCAUAAGCAUAGUUAACGGCUCACGCAUACCUUGGAUUCGACAGCCAACACGAGCCUGAGAAGCAUCCUGACUAGCAAAACAUCCGACCGCAAAGAAUGGUCACGGCAAGGGUUAAUAUUUAACUUUUCCGUACUUUCCAUGGGCUGUACAAGGUUCAAUGAGUAUAUAUAUAUAGAUAUAUUAGCUGAGAAUAGAAUAUAUGUAGUGACAACACGAUUUAGUUUGUAAGACAGAAGGCAUUGGAUAUGAAUUGUACAUAAUUUUCAGUAGGUGAGUGGAAGAAACUACAUAUACAGAUAUGGACGAUAUAACAGAAAUAAGAAAUGAAGUGAACGUAGCAAAGGAGAGAGAGAUAGAGAGAGA